AUGAAGAUUAUGUACAAGAUCUGCUGUGAGGAGGAUUUCGAAUUCAUCCAAGAGAACGUCAACACCCUUAAGACGUUACCGCUACUCGCAAAGGGAGAGCUCAGAAGCAUUGCACGAAAGGCCCUUGAAUCAUUCGAGGGCAACGCGCUCCGCGCACUCGACAAGUAUCUUUCCCCGAAAAAGAUCCCGGAUAACGAGUUGCCGGCAGUCUGGGCGUCGUUGUGGCAGCUGCUGUUCAUCUACCGAGACUUGUUGAGAGCUCCGUCUCUGCGGAAGAGCGAUGCGACGCCAUUACUUAACGCUGUUGCAGUCUUCUAUGCGACACAUUUCAGGACAUCGGCUUCUCUCAAACUUUCUCUGGAUGGCAUCCGAGAUUCUUGGGACGAUUGCGGGACUCAACAAGCGGCACUCGCCGACACUUUCAAGCAUGCCUUGCGACUUCGUGACACCCAUCAUCGUACUAUCAUUAAUAGCGUCAAUGAUAUUGAUGAUCGUCUCAAAACCCUUGUCGUCGAUCCUGAGAUGAAGGUCCUCACCCGGCGGCAACCCAGCAAAAAGCCAGCAAAUAAAAAGUAG